AUGGUGGAUAUUGCCAAUACAAUGUUGGGUAAAAUUGUUGAUCGUAAAUACGAAGAAUUUGCUCAACGUUUAAAACAACGUAGUUUAAACGAUGUUGAAGCGCUUGCCCAAGCUGCAACGCCUGUGCGUGGUUUUGCAAAAUCUUUAUACAGCAAACGCCCAGGUGUAAUUGCUGAAAUUAAAAAAGCCUCGCCAUCAAAAGGGGUGAUUCGUGAAAACUUUAACCCUGCUGAAAUUGCUCAACAAUACCAGCAAGCCGGUGCAGCCUGCUUAUCUGUUUUAACAGAUUUAGAUUUCUUUCAAGGCGCUGAUGAAAAUAUUCAGAUCGCCCGUAGUCACUGUGAAUUACCUGCACUACGUAAAGAUUUUUUGAUUAAUCCUUACGGCGUUAUCGAAGCACGUGCUUUACAUGCCGACUGUAUUUUAUUGAUUGUGGCUUGUUUGUCAGAUCAACAACUUGAAGAAAUGUCAAAGACCGCAUUUGAGCAGAACCUUGAUGUUUUGGUUGAAGUUCAUGAUGAAGCUGAACUGGAACGAGCAUUGCAACUUUCAGAGCGUUGUUUACUGGGUGUGAAUAACCGUAAUUUAAAAACCUUUGAUGUCGAUUUAAAUACCUCAUUGCGUUUGAAGAAGUUACUUCCACCAUCACGUUUACUGAUCACUGAAAGUGGUAUUGCAACGCCAGAUGAUGUGCGCAUGAUGCAAGAGCAUGAUAUUCAUUCAUUCCUUGUGGGUGAAAGCUUUAUGAAGCAACCACGCCCUGAUCAUGCAUUUAAUGCGUUGUUUGGUCUGCCUGAAACAGUUCACGAUCAACGCAGAUAUAACGGUGUGAAUUCAAUUCAGUUCAAAUUUGACAAGAUUCAGACUAUACUGAGCGCCUAA